AUGUCAACUGACCAGAGGCCAUUUGCUCGCUUUCGACUUCCUUGGCUAUCAGCAGCCAUUACUCGUCCUGUUGCUGAACCCCAACCGGUUCGUCCACCAGUUGAAAUAAUCCAAGCACCAACCCAACCAACCACCACUGUCCCUGCUCAGCGCCCACCAUUUCAACCUGCAGGGAUAACCCCUACGCAAUCUCCUCCACCACAGCCUCAAGCACCACAAAUAACCGAACCUCAACCGUCAUUACCACCUCGUGCAAUCAUUGAAUCUCGGUUACCAGCUUCACCAUCUCGUCCAACAACUCAACCGCAAGCUGCGGCUGUGCCGCCUUCACCAUCUCAGGUGACCUUACAGUCGGUAUCACCAUCACGCGUGGCUCCACAGCCACGAGUUGCUUCUGUGCCACCAUCUCCAACUCGAACCUCUUCUCAACCCCAACCAACUGUACAAACAGUUUGGCAACAAUUUCCUUGGCCUCUCAACCUACAAGCCAACGUCCGUAGGCUAUGGCCCAUAUAA